AAGAGGUUGCCUUUAACUUAUAACGUGGAGUUGACGUGGAGCUACACACAGCAAAACAGUAUUUUAUGGCAGUCUUUAUCCGUAAUUUAGUAGCAUUAUUCGUGGUAUUAUUUAUUUUUUAAAAAGAUGUGCUUUAAGGAAGUGUUUCCAUAAUCAAUGGAAUGCAAUUUAGCCACACAGUUCACAAAUCCAGCUGGGUUUGAGAGCAACAUACCGCCGUUUGUACAAUAAAACACAUUAACAAAAACAUUAUCUUCAUGUAAAUAAAUUACGUUAUUUAUUCAUUUGUAAAAGUUGCAAAGUACUGCAGUACUAGAACUGUGUUUUUAAAGGUAAAAGCCUAUAGUGUGUGAGUAUUCUAGCGUUCAACUUUUUUUGUUUCAUCUUCUUAGCAAAACUACAGUUGUUUUUCUUUGUUUGUUUUUUUUUUCACACAAUGUCUCCGAUGGGUAUCCGACUUUCCCCUCUCGGAGUGAUCAUAUUUUGUUUAUUGGGGCUUGGUGUGAUAUACCAUCUGUACUCCGGGGUUAUAGCUAAUCGAAUAGCCUCGUUUCGGCAACCGAAGACUGUGAAUCUGCGGGAGCUUCUGGCACUGUCUGUGGAAGCUGCAGUUCUGGGAGGACAAGAAGUGAAAAGAAUUCGAGAAGAAAAUGCUCUGCAUGAGAAAUCUAAAGGGAAGACUAGAGAAGGAGCGAAGGAGAUGCUUACUACGGGAGACUUAUUUUCACACAGGAAGAUGUUUAAUCUUAUAAGAAACACAUUCCCCAAUAUACGGGUCAACUCAGAAGAACACGAUGAUGCUUCUGUUCAUGAAACUAGUGUGUGGAACCAUGUGAUCCCUGAAGACAUAAGAAAUACGAUCAGUGAGUCAAGGGAAGUGCCGGCAGAAAGCAUCACGGUGUGGAUUGACCCACUGGAUGCCACUCAAGAGUAUACAGAGGACCUCCGUCAGUAUGUUACUACUAUGGUGUGUGUUGCUGUAGAUGGUGUACCGGUGAUUGGAGUUAUCCACAAACCUUUCUCAGCCUACACAGCUUGGGCAUUGGUGGAUGGUGGUUCUAACAUAAAGGCUCGUACAUCCUAUAAUGAAAAAUCGCCACAAAUAAUUGUUUCCCGCUCUCAUGCUGGGAAGGUGAAGGCCUUUGCUCAGAAAGCAUUUGGAAAUGACACAGUUAUCAUUCCAGCUGGUGGAGCAGGAUACAAGGUCCUUUCUCUUUUGGAUGUGCCUGAUGAGAAGCAUGAAAAAGCAGAUGUUUACAUCCAUGUGACUUAUAUCAAGAAGUGGGAUAUUUGUGCCGGAACUGCCCUGCUUAAAGCACUGGGAGGUCACAUGACAACUCUCAAAGGCGAGGAAAUUGACUAUGCUGGGUCUGAAGCAAACGAGGGAGGGCUUGUUGCUAGCAUAAACAUGAACCAUAAAGCAUUAGUUUAUAAAUUGCCAAACAUGUAACAGGUAAAACACUCCAUAUUUCAUAUUCAAGUUGAAAAGUUUGUUAAGUAAGUUUCAGGAGGCUUUAUAUUGGGUUUUCAGUCCGGGUUUGAUAAAGAUAUUUUUACAAUGUUAGGUUCAGUUAUAUCAAAGAUAUGUUCACAAAACUGGAUAAAUUGGACACAGGGUAAAUAUUGGAACGCAUGUUCCUAACGCUGAUCUUAAUUGUGUGUAGGGGUGGAGAGGAGAGGUUAUUUAAGCACCUCCACAUUGGGAGAUACGUUUUCAAUCCGUGUGCAUUAAAGUCGUGUAGUGGGAGUAUGAAUAUACUGCUAGGUUGUAUAUUUGGCAGGGGUAAGGCCUGUUUUGCUGCACAAACAGUAAAGUUGACUUUUAAAGACUUCAUUGAUUUGCGCAAUGUAAACUGUUCAUUGUGUCCUCCAGUCUUCUAAGCGGCCAGUCUGAAUUGUUCAAUAUGUUUGCCGUUUGUCUUUGGCUGGAAAUACUAAUCAGGCUUCUUGGACUGCCCAUAGUGUAACGGACUCCUUAGUAAAGGUGGAUGGGUUAGUGUGUGUAUGUGUGUGUUGCUAACUUAUUGGAUAAUGUGGUGAUCAGUUGUAACAAAGCACUGCCUAAUUUUAUCUUCCAAAACUUUCAAAAACACAAAUGACAACUACAGUCUGAUAUUUUUUUUUUUUAUUAUUUUUUACAUUAUUUAUUUUGCUCAUGUUCACCCAUAACUUCAUUCCAUGAAAAUGUUUUGUUUGUUACACUAUUAAAUCAUCAAUUAAUCAUGGCAAUGCCAGUAUUUUGUGGGAAUGAGUUUGUCCUAAUUCACAGAAGCUCGUGCUUGCCAGGAGUCUAGAACUGAUGACAUUUACAUUUUGGAUGGAAUGGUUGUCUGUAGCAAGUUGGGGUGUAUAUAUAUAUAGUGAAUGUAUAGGAUAUUUCAUCCACAGUACACUUCAUGUAAAUGUAUUUUGGCAUUAAGUUAUAAAACAUUUGUAUAAACUGUUC